UUCAACAGUUGAAGUUCCAGACUCUGUCAGCGGUCGUCUCUGGAUCUCAUCAUGGCGGGACAGGGAGGAGUGGCACUAGCUGGAGCGGUGGCGGCUGGCACAUCCGCGGUCAUCUCAGGAGGGGCUCUGGUGGCGGCCAUCACUCAGACGUCUCUCAGCUCAUCAGACAGAAGCGUCUCCAUUCAUCUGAGCAACUUCUCACACCACAUCCUGACUAAUCCACAGGUUUACACCUUCAGUGGAUACAGCUGCACCCCCCCGCACCUCACCCUGGGAAAGGCAGCCAAGGGGAUAUGCACGUUUGGAAGUGGAGAAGGAGCUAUUGGUGCUGUGGGGGUCCUGACCUACGACAUCAAUGAAGGCCUGAGAGAGAAAGCAGUGAAGCGUCUGGCCAUCAUGUUCUCUGUGCCUUUCGACUACAAUCUCUACCAGAACUGGUUUGCCCUGGGCUUCUUUGAGCCUGACACAUCAUGCGAUGAAGCGCUCUAUAAUCUUAUGUAUUACCAAGAGGGACCAUUCAAGAGGGAGAAGUCCUCUGGUUCAGAAAUCCGUUUUGAAAGUGAGAGGUACAGUGUGAAAGGGGCUAUGUCUCCUAUGGGAAAAGCAGAGAUGAAAGUAGAAUUUUGGGAUGACGACUACUUUGAUCAAUUUGAUAAAUACUGAAAACAAUGUCAGCUAAUAUGACUGAUAAAAUUCUUUUUUAUAACUUAGCUUACCAGAUUGCCUACUGCCUAGAGCCAGUUAAGUAAACUGUGUACCAGCGACGGACCAAUGUCUUUGCACAAACAUAUUCUAUCAGGGCAUGAGCAUACUAUUAAUUCAUUGUAUUUCAAUUUUUUAAGACAAAAUAACUGAAAUUAAGCAUACAAUUCUUAAUGUCCUUGUUACCAGCUGACGUAGCCAAUGAUUAAACAGCUUUUUGA